AUGGAGAAAUUCGUCGUGAGCCACACGAACCAAGAGGUGAACACGGCCUGGACCACCUCCCGCAAGUCCAGUGAACAUCUGCUGCACUGGACUCACACGCUGUCGCUCAAGGGGUUGUGGGAAGUGGAAGCUGCCUGCACGAAAACUAUGGAGAAGUUCGGCUAUAAAACAAACAUUGCUGGCAAGAAGCUGGCCGCGUCGCUGGUGCUGCUGUCCGUGGUGACAACUAUCAGCGUUAUCUCCUACUGCAAAACGCAGACUCAAAACGGAAUUCGGGCUCUCGACACCACCGUCGGAACUAUUACUUCAAAAUCGCCAGAAAUGGCUGGCAGUCUGCAGGUCGUGGCUCAACAGAGGUCGCUGCGGAGCAAUACAUCGUCCGCGUCACUCACAGAGCCUUACGACCGCGCUCGCUGUACCCUCAAGAAAUCCAUCAUGAAGGACCUGAUGAUGUACUCUGGGGUCCGGCAUCUCUUCUUUAACGUUAAAGGCAACAAACAAACGGCAAAAAUAAAGACUCCAGACUGCAAGCAGCCGCUGGAAGCAAGAGCACAAACGCUAACCGAACCUAAAGACAUCCUCUCGAAUUUGGACCUUCCGUCCCCCAGUCAAGUGGUGAUGGCUCCUGCUGCCAAACAGGCGCAGUCCAUCGUCCGCCAAAUAUUGCAGUGCAAAUUUACAGAUCGGAAACUCUUGGCAACUAUAAAGAAGAUUUUCCUAGUUUUGGAUGCUGGAGUCAGGAAGAGCUGCUUAGGUCUUCAACGUAGCAAAAAAGUGUGCCUGGAUUCAGAAUUCUUAUCUCAAGCUUGCCAGUUGUUCCCAUGGAUGGUCAUAAAGAUGGUGAGACUAAAGCUGGAGCUGAUGAAACCCUUCCUGGAGGCGCCGGUGAGUACCAACCUGCAGCUGAUCUACCUGGUGCGCGACCCCCGCGCGGUGAUCAACUCGAGGAGGUCGACGGUGAAGUGGUGCAAGCCGCGCGACUUGGACUGCUACUCGCCUGCCGUACUCUGCGCUGACAUGGAGGAUGACUUGCACGCUUACAAAACUUUCAAGAAAUUGUACCCUGACCGCGUCCACUUAGUUAGGUACGAAGAUCUGAUGGCUAACGUCAGCAACCAAGUGAAAAUUCUCACUGAAAAGAUGGGGCUCGACUUCCAUCCUUCAAUGCAGAGGUUCGUUAGGACCCAUACUACCAAGGAGAUCAACAGCCCAACCACCACGUGGCGCCGGUCAAAAGAUCGUCUGUUGUAUUGGACACGUCGACUUCGUGCGAGUACGCUCCGUGAAAUACAACUUGCAUGUGGCACAACUAUGGAAAAGUUUGGGUACAAGCUAGUGGAAAACUUGAGUCGUGUUAAUAUCAGCCACGUGUUGACAGACAUAGAGCAUUGA